GGACCAAACAGGCGCCUCACCCAGAACACAUUAAUUCCACUGAAUUUUGUUAUUUCUUGCUGUCCUUCCCCGAGGACCUAGGCACGUGUGGCCAGACGUGGGUCCCCUCCUGUCCUGUUCCUUAUCAGGGACGUGAGCACCUGAUCUGCAUUUCUUGGAGCAGCAAAAGGGUGGAAUUCAGGCCCUGCCAGGAAAAAGGUUCUAAGGGAACAGGCCAACCCGGAGGACAGGAUUCCCUGGAGGCCACAGAGGAGCACCAAGGAGAAGAUCUGACUAUGGGUCUCUAUUGUCCAACUCCUGCCCACACUCCUGCCUGCUGCCCUGACCAGAGUCAUCAUGUCUGUUGCAAAGAAGAGUCAGCAAUGCAAGCCUGUGGAAGGCCUUGAGACCGCAGAGGAGGCCCCGUGCCUGGUGGGUGCACAGGCUUCUGCUGCUGAGGAGCAGGAGGCUGCCUCCUCCUCUGCUCUGGUCCUGGGCACACUGUGGGAGGUGCCUACUGCUGGGUCAACAGGUCCUCCCCAGAGUCCUCAGGAAGCCUCCGCCUUCCCCACUACCAUCAGCUACACUCUCUGGAGGCAAUCUGAUGAGGGCUGCAGCGGCCAAGAAGAGGAAGGGCCAAGCACCUCUCCUGACCCGGAGUCCGUGGUCCGAGCAGCAUUCACUAACAAGGUGGCUGGGUUGGUUCAUUUUCUGCUCCUCAAGUAUAAAGCCAAGAAGCCGGUCACAAAGGCAGAAAUUCUGGAGAGUGUCAUCCAAAAUUACAAAUGCUACUUUCCUGUGAUCUUCUGCAAAACCUCCGAGUCCCUGAAAUUGAUCUUUGGCAUUGAUAUGAAGGAAGUGGACCCCACCGGCCACUCCUAUGUCCUUAUCACCUGCUUGGGCUUCUCCUGCAAUGGCCUGCUGGGUGAUGAUCAGAUCUUUCCCAAGACAGGCCUCCUGAUAAUCGUCCUGGGCAUGAUCGCAAUGGAGGGCGACUGCGCAUCUGAGGAGGAAGUCUGGGAGGAGCUGAGUGUGAUGGAGGUGUAUGAUGGGAGGGAGCACAAUGUCUAUGGGGAGCCCUGGAAGCUGCUCACCCAAUAUUUGGUGCAAGAAAACUAACUGGAGUACCGACAGGUGCCCAGCAGUGAUCCGGCACGCUACGAGUUCCUGUGGGGCCCAAGGGCCCUCACUGAAACCAGCUAUAUGAAAGUCCUGGAGCAUGUGGUCAGGGUCAAUGCAAGAGUUUGCAUUUCCUACCCAUCCCUGCAUGAAGCAGCUUUGAGAGAGGAGGAAGAGGGAGUCUGAGCAUCAGUCGCAGCCAGGGCAGUGGGAGCGGGGCUGGGCCAGUGCACCUUCCAGGGCCCUGUUCAGCAGCUUCCUCUGCUUCGUGUGCCAUGAGGCCCGUUCUUCACUCUUGUUGGAAGAGAGCUGGAACCCAGGAGGUAGAGGUUACAGUGAGCCGAGAUCACACCACUGCACUCCAGCCUGGGCAACAGAAUGAGACUCUGUCUUCCAAAAAACAAACAAAAAAACCAUAGUAUGUCUGAUUAUAUUAAUCUCCAAACCAGCUGGUGUUUAAUAUUGCUAGAGCUAUAAUAGAAUCAGGAAUAGGAAACAAACAGGAAAAAAAAAUGGAAUUUUACAAGGAUUUAUAUUUGCAAAGAAAAAAGGACUUAUUUGGAGUUGUUUAUUGAAAUUCCCCCAAGACUAUUUUUUGAACUUAUAUAUACAGACAGCAUCAAGAGAAGGAGCUUAGGAGUUCUCAUAGGGUUUAGGAACUACUAGACCUUGUGUAUUAUGUUCAUCUCAGCACUCAAGCAACUAAAAGAUAACUGGAACAUGGUAUCUCACAGUGAAUAACAUGGUUGGUUACUUUACUAGGCUGACAUAUGGAGACAGGGUUCUUAUGAAUACGAGAGACACACCCAGGUUCAACUGAAUGUAUAGUGCAUGAGGGAUUAGCUGUACAGUGUUAUCUGCAAAGUACCUAAAAGUGUUUUCUAACUAAGCACCAACUUCUUAGACUAGUCUUGGGCACACAAAAAAUAUCUAAUACUAAGCUUAUAGGAAUACUUUAUUUGGUCACUUGGUGGGGGAAGGUUGCUGAGACAUAUGACAACAUUUAAUACCUAAAGGUAGGAGGAAGCAAGGAAAGAGAAAAUGCAGAAAGGAAGAGUGAGAGCCAAAAGAAGGGUGCCACCUCUGUAGACUCUCUAACAGAAUUAAAUUGAUAAGAUAACAGAAGUAAAUGGGCAUGCCUUGAGGGAAACAUCAAUACACUUUUGGAAUCUGAGGCAAAAAGUGAAAUGAUUUACCUCUUGCCAAAUCUAUUGUCAUUGCCCAUGGGAAGUUCCCAUUCUACUCUUGAAUGCACAAGUAACAUUCCUUGCCUAAGGAUUAGCAUUCUGUGAUAAUAGUGGUAAUGACAGCUGCUUUAAAUUAGUGGCAAGUUCAGAAUGAAACACUGACCACCAGGCUAUGUUUCUGAAUCCAGUCUAUGCCCUCGAAUGUAUUCAAUCUACUUUCUAUGGUAUCCCUGAAAGCUAUGGCAAAAGAGUUGUAUGGUAGGGGCAGGGCUCCUUAUGGGGACACAUACGGCUCCAGAAAACAAGUAUUCCAUCUUCUCACCAUGACUUUUUGGUUUUCUUUUUUUUUUUUUUUCUCUUUUCUCCAAGACUAGUAAUUUCCAGUUUCUUCUCUACCAGUCUGGAUGCCCAUGGUGAACUUUAGAGAUAUCCACCAGCUUCAUCAAUUCCCUCAGUUACAUCUACCUAUCUUUUGAGCCCAGAUGAACCCAAUCAUGUGUGUUCUCCUCAGUCCCAGGCUGCUGAGCAACGCUGGAGAAAAAUCACAAAACUAUACGGUUUGGUGUCUCUCCAGAAUUAUGGUUUCCAGCUUGAGUUGGGAUUUCAGAAUUACUUCAAAAUGUUUAAAUUUGCUCCUGGUCAUUUUCCUCCUUCAGUUCCCAGUUUCAUUUAUCACUCUAUUUAACUUGUUAACCAUCGCUGUCUGCUAUUAACCUUGCCUCCUUUUACACAGAGAAAACAGAGGACAUCAAAUGGCAUUUCCCAUCACUCCACCUCUGUCAACGAAUCCACCAGUAACAUCUCAGAGAUCCUUCUGUCUAGCACUGAUGAUCUCCAAGAGGAUCUUAUUGUAUCAGUUACUCCUUCCUUCUGUAUUUUCAAUUUUCCUAUUGCCUCCCCAACAUGCUUUAGCUGUUCUCAUCUAAAGAAACAAUAAUAACAACCACAAUAAACUAACAAACAAUAAACCAUCUUUAACAGAUCUUACCUUUCCCUCUUUUGUGCCACCUUCAAGCUCCCUAAACUUGGAUUUAUUCCUCAACCCAUUACAAUCUGGUUUCUAAUUAAACAAUUUUUUGCCAGCGUCACCAAAAACUUCUGAAUUGCUAGUCUCCAAAGUGCAUUCUUCAACUUCAUUGUUUUCUUUCUUUCUUUUAAAAGUCAAGUUCACUGAAGUAUAAUUUACAUACAAUAAAA